AUGACCAAGGACAAACACCAUGAUGCUGCUCACGAAAUUAUUGAGACAAUUCGGUGGGUCUGUGAAGAAAUCCCAGAUCUCAAGCUUGCUAUGGAAAACUAUGUUUUAAUUGACUAUGAUACAAAAAGCUUUGAAAGCAUGCAGAGGCUUUGUGACAAAUACAACCGAGCCAUUGAUAGCAUUCAUCAGUUGUGGAAGGGAACCACCCAACCGAUGAAACUGAACACUCGUCCCUCCAACGGGCUCCUCCGGCACAUCCUGCAGCAAGUGUAUAACCACUCGGUGACUGAUCCAGAGAAACUUAACAACUAUGAGCCCUUUUCCCCAGAGGUUUACGGAGAAACUUCCUUUGACUUAGUGGCCCAAAUGAUAGAUGAAAUUAAAAUGACAGAGGAUGAUUUGUUUGUUGACUUGGGCAGUGGUGUGGGUCAGGUGGUGCUUCAAGUGGCUGCAGCCACAAACUGCAAACAUCACUAUGGUGUGGAGAAAGCUGAUAUUCCAGCCAAAUAUGCUGAGACGAUGGACAGAGAGUUCAGAAAGUGGAUGAAAUGGUAUGGGAAAAAACAUGCAGAAUACACACUGGAAAGAGGUGACUUCCUCUCAGAAGAAUGGAGAGAGAGGAUUGCAAACACAAGUGUUAUUUUUGUGAAUAAUUUUGCCUUUGGUCCUGAGGUGGAUCACCAGCUGAAGGAGCGAUUUGCGAACAUGAAGGAAGGUGGGAGAAUUGUGUCCUCAAAACCUUUUGCACCUCUAAAUUUUAGAAUUAACAGUCGAAACUUGAGUGAUAUUGGCACUAUAAUGAGAGUUGUGGAACUAUCACCACUGAAAGGAUCUGUGUCAUGGACCGGGAAACCAGUUUCUUACUACCUGCAUACUAUUGACCGAACCAUACUUGAAAACUAUUUUUCUAGUCUCAAAAAUCCAAAACUCAGGGAGGAACAAGAGGCAGCUAGACGUCGUCAACAAAGAGAAAGUAAGAGCAACACAACUACUCCAACGAAGGUUCAAGAAAACAAGGAUUCUGGUGCUGAAGAAGAAAAGGCUGCAGCAAAUUCUGUUAAAAAGCCAUCUCCCUCCAAAGCACGGAAGAAAAAGCUAAGUAAAAAAGGAAGGAAAAUGGCAGGCAGGAAACGAGGACGUCCCAAGAAAAUGAACACUGCAAAUACAGAGCGCAAGACCAAGAAGAACCAAACUGCACUAGAACUUCUGCAUGCUCAAACUGUUUCACAGACAUCUUCAUCCUCUCCUCAGGAUGCAUACAAGUCACCUCAUAGUCCAUAUUACCAACUACCUCCUAAAGUGCAACGGCAUUCAUCUAACCAGCUACUGGUGACACCUACCCCACCUGCACUACAGAAGCUGCUAGACUCUUUUAAGAUCCAAUACAUGCAGUUCAUGGCAUACAUGAAGACUCCUCAGUAUAAAGCAAGUCUGCAACAGUUACUGGAGCAGGAAAAGGAAAAGAAUGCUCAGUUACUGGGAACAGCACAGCAGUUAUUCACCCACUGCCAGGCACAGAAAGAGGAAAUAAAACGUCUUUUUCAGCAGAAACUUGAUGAGUUGGGAGUUAAAGCUCUAACAUACAAUGACCUGAUUCAGGCUCAGAAGGAAAUCUCUGCUCACAAUCAGCAACUGAAAGAACAGACGAAACAGCUGGAGAAGGAUAACAGUGAACUCAGGAACCAGAGCUUACAGCUGCUUAAGGCACGGUGUGAAGAACUGAAGCUGGAUUGGUCAACAUUGUCACUGGAGAACUUGCUGAAAGAGAAGCAGGCAUUGAAGAAUCAGAUUUCUGAGAAACAAAAGCACUGUUUGGAAUUGCAGAUCAGCAUUGUGGAACUUGAGAAAAGUCAAAGACAGCAGGAGCUCAUGCAGCUGAAAUCGUACACGCCGUCUGAUGAGUCACUGUCAGUACAGCUACGCAAUAAAAACCAUUUGAGCCGUGAUCCUGAGGCUGAUCAUGGCAGGUUCCAACUGGAGCUUGAAUGCUCUAAGUUUCCUAUGCCCCACAUCAAUGGCAUGAGCCCUGAACUGUCCAUGAAUGGCCAUGCUACUCCCUAUGAAAUUCAUAACACCUUUAGCAGGCCCUCUUCCAAGCAGAACACCCCUCAGUACACGACCUCUCACUUGGACCAAGAAAUAGUUCCGUGCACCCCAAACCACAGCAGCAGACAGAAGGCAGACAAGAUGACAAGCUUGUCCUUACCUGAUUAUACCAGGUUUUCCCCAGCUAAAAUAGCACUAAGGAGACACUUGAAUCAAGAUCAUGGAGUCAAUGGAAAAGCAGCAACUAAUGAGAUACAGAGAGCUGACCAUGUCAAAGAGAAUGGCCUUACAUAUCCAAGCCCUGGUAUUUCAAAUGGCAUAAAGCUGAGUCCUCAGGAAACUCGGCCCUCUUCCCCAGCGGCCUUACCAGUUGCAGGCGAGAAGGUUUUGAGAGAGAGAACCUCUGUGAGUAAUGGAGAAACUAUCACCAGCCUACCUAUCAGUAUUCCUCUCAGCACAGUGCAGCCCAAUAAACUCCCUGUUAGUAUCCCUCUGGCCAGCGUAGUCCUACCUAGCCGUGUUGAGAAGGUGAGAAGCACACCUAGCCCAGUUCAUCAGAGUAGAGACUCAUCGACACUUGAAAAGCAGAUUGGUGCUAGUUCUCAUAAUGGCGUAAGCAAUGCUGCUGGAAACAAGCCACUGGCUUUGGCUACCUCAGGACAUGUAAAACAAUCCCCUUCCAACAAGCACAGUCCUCUGCCCACGAGCGCUCGGCUGGACUGUGGCCAAGCACACGCGCAGGAUGGGAAGAAGCGAGGCCGGCGGAAGAGAUCCUCUACUGGGAAUCUCAGCGGGAACUCCGGGGUCUCCCCUAAACGCAAAUCCUUACCUACUGUGUCUGGACUCUUUACACAACCAUCAGGUUCACCGCUCAAUAUCAACUCCAUGGUCAAUAACAUUAACCAGCCUUUAGAAAUAACAGCCAUUUCCUCUCCUGAAAACUCCCUGAAGAACUCUCCUGUUCCUUACCAGGACAAUGACCAGCCCCCGGUACUGAAAAAGGAAAAGCCCCUCAUUCAGACCAAUGGCGUUCAUUACUCUCCUCUAACAUCAGAUGAAGAGCAGGGAUCUGAAGAUGAGCACAAUAGCAGCAGAAUUGAGAGGAAAAUUGCAACAAUAUCAUUGGAAAGCAAAUCUCCACAGAAGACUGUUGAAAAUGGCAUCAGCUUAUCUGGGAGGAAACAAGCACAAAGCAACGAAAACAUGAACAGCAGUAAAUGGAAAUCUACUUUUUCACCAAUAUCUGACAUCAACCUGACCAAAACUACAGAUAGUCCCUUGCAGUCGGUUUCAUCUCUGAGCCAGAAUUCGCUGUUUGCCUUCAGGCCGUCCUCCGAGGAUAGCCUUGCCAUCGACGCCAAGAUCACAGCACACACAAGGAAAAGCAUUGCCAUGCCCUCGUCUGGGGCAGAUGGGCUCAGCCCUAGUACAAAUUCCACUAAUGGGUUCACGUACAAUGGUGGACUGUCAACUGACAUUGGUUUACACAGCUUUAUCGAUGGUGCUUCUCUUCCGCAUAAGGCUUCAGAUGUGACGACUUCCAACUGCUCCCUGGGUUUCCAGUCGCAGCGAAGCAAAGAUGUGGGGGUAUCAGAAACAAAUCCUUUUUUGAACAAGAGGCAACUCGAAGGCCUCAGCAGCACGAAAGGAGAAGACUUAAAUCGGUCAGGGGUCAAAGGCAAAGAAAUCGGUGAAAUAAGCAUUCGUACUGGGGGUUCUUCAGAAAAAAACUCUUUGCAGCAUAACGGAAAGGUUGGCAAAGGAAGGGACCGAGAUGUGGAGUUUAAAAAUGGCCACAACCUUUUCAUUUCUGCUGCUGUUUCAUCUGGUGGCCUUCUGAAUGGUAAAAGCCUUUCUACUGCUGUUUCUUCAGCAGGCAACCCAGCAUCUUCUGUUCAGACACACCAUCCUUUCCUAAACACUUUGACCACUGGAUCGCAGUUCCCCCUCGGCCCCAUGGCCUUGCAAGCAAACCUCAACUCGGUGACAAAUUCCUCAGUAUUGCAGUCCUUAUUUAAUUCAAUGCCAGCUGCUGCCAGUCUGGUCCACGUGUCAUCAGCUGCAACCAGACUGACUAAUUCUCACACUAUGGGGAACUUCUCUCCUGGGGUUACAGGUGGAACAGUUGGAGGUAUUUUUAACCAUGCGGUGCCUUCUGCCUCCUCUCCUCAUCAAUUUGGAGCCAGUUUCAGCAGCAGUGCUGUCUCUAGCAGCACAGUGCUAAGCUUAAACCCUCUGCAGGCUGUUGCCAGCACCUCAUCCUCAUCCUUCCCACCCCCUUCCUCUAAUUUAGUAACAUCUAGUGAGACUAGAUCUGCUCAGCACCUCAACAGAGCGCCAGUGCAAUCCGUUUUUCAUUCCCCUCCACCUCCUCCUAACGUGUCAUUGCCCCCACCUCCUCCAUUACUUGCUUCUAACUCUGAGCCUGCGCUUCUGCAGAACCUGCCAUCCAUCCCACCUGGUGAAGCUUUUUUGCCAUCUUCUUCUUCUGCUGCUUCUGUCCAAUCUGCUAAUGCUUCUUUGUCUAUUAAGCUAGCUUCUCUCCAGCACAAAACUUCCCGCCCCUCCUUUACAGUCCAUCACCCGCCUCUGCCCCGUUUGGCGCUGGCACAGUCCGCGCCCAUGAUCACGCAGUCCAACGCAGCUGGCACGUCCGCUAUGUGGGUUACACUUGGCAUGCAGUCUCCUUAUGCUUCGCACCUUUCUGGGGUUAAGCCACGAUAAAGAGCUUGCUUAGCUAACAGUUCUUAUUUUGUAAGGUAAGGCUAGAGAAAAAAAAAGAGGAGUUUUGUACAAGAUGCUGAAUGAUGCUUCUUCCUUUUCAGAGAUAGGUUGGGGAUGGGCUCUGUGAAACAGAGAAAACUCUAAAAUGUGGGAAGCAAAUAAUCUGAUGGCAGAGGAUGGAGAGUCUUAAUGUUCUCCGUUCUGGGAGUCAGGAUUUCUCGACAAGGAGUGCUCGCAAUGGUUAACUCUGGUCUGUCUCAUCUGACGUUAGGAUUAUGUUCAGGUUGAGAUGACUUAAUGAAAAUGUUUAUUUCUGAAGAUCAGCAAUCAGGAGGAAAUGUCUAUUUUUAAGUAUGGUUUUAUACAGUUAUUGGAAGAGGUUGUUGCCUACUUUGAUUCCCCCCUUCCCCUUUUCUCGCCCUCUGACACAGACUGUUGCAUCUCCACAAGUCCAUGUUCGCAUAGCAUUAGGAUGCUUGAUGGUGCUGCUUUGUGACUGUAUGUGGCAAUGUGGUGGUCUUGGUUUUACUGUCAGUCAACAACAGCUGCUCUAAAUAAUCAUAAAUUUAAAAAUCUCUAGGUUACAAGCUGCAGCUUUGUCUUAGAGAGCAAAUGCACUGGUCUUGCAUUGCAGUUAAUGUGCCUCCUGCAUCAAUGGAAAACACAACCACAGGUAGCAAAGAAGGGUUGUAAAUUUAUCUGUGCACUGCAGCUUUAUUGGACUUGUCUACUAGGGCUAACAGUAACAGACUCCCAUCAGAUGCUGUAUUUAUGCUCACUUGGUGAUCACUGGCUUACGGGGUAGACUGUGAAUGAGAACAUAGGGAAUGUGCAGGGUUAACUGUGGUCUGUGCUUCAUAAAGGCUGGGGCCAUAGAAGUGAAGAGGGUUUCCGGAGACUGUAUGCAUUUUUACUGAAGCAGGUAUUUAAAUGUCUUUAGAGCAACUCCAGAAUAAAGUGUACCACCACAGAGUUGGGUACUGUUGUUAAUGAAAAUACUCUGUGGCAUCCUGAUGUAACAACUUGUGCUUGCAAAGUUAAAUCAGUAUGUUAGGCCCCAGAGCUUGCUCCAUGCUUUUCUUGUAGGUCUUUGAUGUUGUUGCUGUUCACUGAUACCAAAGCUACAUACAAUAUGUGGUUGAAUACUCUUUGCCGCUUAUAAAACAUAUGACUCAAUUACAAUAUACCUGAGAGAUUCUUUUGACUGUGCAUUGUGUAUAGUGUCUUCAUCAUCAAAUUGCUCCACAGACACGAACAAAUCUUCAUUAGGCUUUUGUGAGGCACGUAAGUAUUACCUCUGUCCUUCUAUACAAGAAAGUGAGGCUGAGGAAGAGUUUUGAGAAGUGUGGUCCCUGCGUGCCAGCAGAGACCAACGGUGUGAUGUGGUUACAGAAUGGGCUUGAAAGACCCUGAAUAGAAACAAGAUGGGGGAGAAGGGGCGAGAAGGGUCAGGCUUGGGGUUUUGUAUACAUGAGCAACUCAAGUGAGAACAGUGUGAAAGCCUUCUGCUGAAGCAGUAGCCUUACCUGGAACUGAGGUCAUGUUGGGAUAGACUCCAUACCAUUGGAUGUGAUGGUUCCUGUCACAAAAAGGUUCCGAGCAAAAUAGGCAAGGCACAAAAGGGACGUACGGAGAAAAGUAGCUGGGUGACAAAGCUGGAUUGUGGAGCAAAGGAGCAGAAAUAAUGCUACCAGGAGAUGGUGUAUGACAGACGUACCGUAGUUGUGGUCCCACUCUGUGACUCUUUAACAUAGGUCAAAUAUUUGAGCAGUUUCAUUGACUUCGGUGCGAAUACGUGUGCUCAAGAGUCCUUGAUGAAUCAAGGUUGAAAUCUGGAAUUGGAGGCUAAAAUAAAUUGCUUUGCUUUGCUUCUCAUAAUGUUUCUCCCCUAUAGCAAUAAAAAAUUCAAAGCAGAUCAGUGCGUGCUAGAAAAAGGUGAAGUACUGAGUGGGGGAAUACUUCCCCCCCGCCCCAAGGUCAGUCAUAGGAGGAUGGAGUUCAAUAUGAUUACACUGUCAGAAAGCUUUAAAAACUGCAAUGGCUGGGAGGGGCCACUUGUCACUCUUGCAGGCAUCCUUUCCAUCUGAUUGUGGUUGGUGUCAAGAGUUGCUCCUUCUUUGCUGGCUAAUGAGGUCUUGGAGCAAUGUAGAAGUGAUUGACACAUCUAACACUUGGUAGAUUGUCUUUUAUUUAGAUGAGUCUCUUCCUCUCCUCCUGUUGUGCAGGUAACUAGGAUUUCUACCUCAACCCAAUGUGACCUAUGCAAGGACAACGUGGACCAACUUCACUCGGCUUCCACUGAAAGGUGCUCACCUGGCCUGUGCAGGGGUUUCUACUCUCUUACUACUGGACAAAAAAACCAUAAAAAGACCUAAAUAACAGAGAAAAUAUUUACUGUGAAUCUGAGUAAAAAAGAAAAAAGGAAAAAAAAAAAGGCAAAAGAAAUGCUUAAAGCUCCAGUUUGUAUUGUUGAUAGUUUAGAUAAAGUAUUUAUCUUUUUUUAAAGUGAAAACAAUUUUGACUUAUUUUAUUCCACCUAGAAUCAUAAAUACAACUUAUUAUUAAAUUCUCUGAAUAAUAAAGGACUGGCACACCAGCAGAGAUGUAAAGAGCCUCCUCUCGGUGCUAUUUCAUCCGUCAGAACUGUGCCUCUAGUUUGAAUCCUUGGUGCUGAAUUUGGAGGGUUGACCAAUGCCAAACCCAGUUCUCAGAAAGGUCUGCAGUUUAUUUAUUCAACUUACUCUGUUCAUAUACCAAAAUCCACUUGGUUUGCAGCAGUGUGAGCUAUGGAGAAAAGCAGUCUUCUAUCUAAUGUUUUGUUUUAAUUUGAACUGAGCCAGGCACUCUGUUAACUGGGUGGUUUUUAAUUGUGUUCAUUACAAACAAGAACUCGGUACUCCCCUCUGGAGUGGCAGCUAAAGUACCUGGCAUGGCCCAGGCAAGCUCAGCCAAUGCAGUCACAGUUUGAACAGCAGAAAUUCAAGUCCUGCCCCAUUCAAACUACUUCACUGGGCCAUUUGCAGUUGCUGGUGGCACUCAAGUCACUGUGAAUUUUGGUAGCUAGUCUGGUAACUUGUUUGGGGAUGUCAUUGGCAUAUGAACAGGGUGCAUAAUCACUGGUAUUGGUCAGGCCCUUUCUACCAGCGUUGGGAAGACUGAACUUAGUGCUUCUGUACUGGUGCAGGUAGCAGAUUUUCUCAGCUUGUUGUUUUUGUUCCAAGUACAAUGUAUUUUGUUAGUAGGGUUUUGAUACUUGAUUCAGAAAUGGCUUAGCCGUGUACAUUUAUUGACAAAGUGCAUUUUGCUUUUGUAUUUCUUUGCUUUAAGUAGGUCUAAAUGGUAGUUCACAAAAACACCACAAUCUAGCUUACCGUGCUGCCACACUAUCAAACUGGUGCAGUUAAUUGUAUUGUGACUUGGUGUUCUGUGUACAGAAAGUGCCGCUCUGAGCAGUGGCUGUAUUUUAUAGAGAUGUAAUGAAAAAUUAUAAAUUUCAUAUACUUUAUUUCAUUUAUUUUUAGAUUGUACAAUGCACAGUAAACUUGUAAAAACUUAUUUAUUCGAGUGCACAAAGUGAGGAGAAGGAUGAUCCAUUAAGUAGAAAUCACGCUGGUCCAUAGUUCAGACUGGACCAAGCACCAAUAAAGGAAACUACAGUAAACGAAGGGGAAUUGCAACAGCGAAAUGACUGGAAGAAAAAGAUGUUUAGGCUUUGGGAAACAUCUGCCUGCUAGCCCCAGUGCUCUGAGGGGCAGCACUGACUGCUCUGCGUCAGAGGCACUCACUGUCCUUAAAUCCCUUCUAGGUUGCUAGCGCUCCCUAAUGAGUCUCCCACCUCCAGCAAUUGGGCAUUCACCUUAGACUUGAGCCCUGCCUUACCAGCCACCUGACGGAGCAUCCCACAGUCACAAAAAGCUGGGCUGAAUGCAUUAGCUGUUUAGCUCCUGCCUCUGUGUUUGAAGUAGGCAAGACAUCUCUGCCCUCGUGCUCUCUCCUGCUACCUGGAUCCAGGUUGUGAGUGCUGUGCUGGCUGUGUUCAAGAGAGUGGUGGGGGUGAGGUGGCAUAGCAGCCUACCCUCUACAGACUUCAGUUAGGCCCUUUUCUCUGUACCUCAUCCCUGGCAAUCUUAGUAGAGAUUUAGGACAAAGUGCAGUUAUUUUGUUGAUUCCUAAGUGUCUUCCAUAGGCAGCCUUUGUGUGCAGAAACUGUUGAUCUAAAUUUGCCACCUUACUCACCGGAAAGGGAAAGGAUUGAUAGCCCUGGAAAUUAGGGACAUUUUGGAACUGUUUUCUGCUUUGUGUGUGGGAGAGGACUUGACAGCGGUGUGCCCUGCUGAGUUACUAACAGCAAGACGAAAACCUAGAAAAGGGCAAAAAUGCUCAGAGGGUGAUAGCUGAGAAACAUCCAGUAGCUUCUAGUAGAAGCUGUACACAGUGUAUGUCCUGGAAUCCAGGAAGACAGUGUAACCCAGAUGUUUUGCACCUGGGAGUUGGGCAGCUCCAGCUUCUUCCAGAUCCUCGGGUAACUGGGAAGUUGUAGAGCUGCCUUAGCAUCCUUCCCAGCAAACGGUGGAGUGCUCAGGUCUUUGAAGACUUUAACUGGUAGGCUGUGCUGAAGCAAUUGCUGGAGGGGCAGCAGCCUUAAUUACAUCUCGCCCCUAUCAUUUAUAUCCCUGAUGAGAGAGAUGAGGAAAUACAAGUAGAAGGUUUUAAUCACUCUGCUUUUAUCAGAUCCUUUUCUGAAAAGGGACCAAGAUACAGUGCUCCUUGGACCUCUUGUGCCGCCCUUCAUCUCAAACUGCAGAAGACAUCCAGCAAGAGAACUCGGCUGCCAUCAGUUGUUCUGUAUGGGUACGGUUCGCUUGUGCUCAUACCCGAGGCACUCACAGGACACUAGCAAAGAUGCCUGUUUGGAGAAGGAACUGACUUGCAGAGCUCUGUUGGACCUGCUGUGCUUUCCAACACCUGCUCGAGGCCUGUAUCGCCCAGCUGGCUCCUGGCACUCCUCCUUGGCUGAAGAGGAAGGCCAGAUCCUUGUUGCGGGAAUGACUUGCUUUGCCCUGAGGUUCACAGCAUUUCAGGAGUUGGUGUCUGAGGAGCAAGGCACAACUGUCAGACAUGGUUUAGUGGUGGACUUGGCAGUGUUAGGUUUAUGGUUGGACUCGAUCUUAAAGGUCUUUUCCAACCUAAAUGAUUCUAUGACCCUUUGGAGCAAAGGCCCUGGCCAAGGAGUUUGUCAUCUGCUCUCCAGUGGGUGUUGUGGAAAAGCAAAACUCCCUCUGUCCCUCAGUGUCACCUGCGGUAGCAGGUGCUUUGGUGAUCGGUAGUCAGCCAGUGUCUAUUGCAGGACUUGCUCAUCAGCAGCCAUCGGAGAUCAGCAGCACGAGCCCACUUGCUGUAGCUGAGCACGUGUGCUAUCAAGACAUUUUCAACUCCCCAGCAUUUUGGAGUCUGUGACUCUCCAGCCAUCAUCCAGGAAGGCCAAAGGAAACCAGAUGCUGACCCAGGAAUAAACACGUUGGGACGUACUUGAAAGAGAUUCAGUCCGCUGGCCAACCUGCUGAGCAUCUGCUUCAGCCUCCUGGAGUCCGUUGGGACUGGGUCUUCAUCUACCUCUGCAUCACCUCCGUGCUGUCAUUCCCCGUGACCUGACAUUUCCAUCUUGGCAGCCCACGCUGCAGGAGUCUGGAGCUGCUCUGGCCUUGCCAGUGUCUUGCGCCCACGCCCGGCACUGUUGGCACCUUCACCUUGCGAUGCAUUGCAUAAUUGCAAUGCAUUUUACUUGUGUGGCAGCUCUAAUCUAAAUCUUUGUAGUAAUCCCCACUGAGAUGUGCUUCCAGGAAGGUGCCUGAUAAGCUAAUGCUUGUAGGGAGUAGCAUGAGAUGGGAAGCCAAGCGAGUGCAGGUUUUGGACUGAUGUCUUAGUAUUGCAUUAGCUGGGAGAUGUUGUUGCCAAGAGAUUUGUGGUGUUGUCUUUGCCUUAAUCUCGGGCAAGUUCAACUUGUUUCUCCUCUGUCUGCAAAAUGGGGAGAGCAUUUACCUUGCUGUAGGACUGCUGAGGGAAUAAAUAGCUUUGAGAUGUUAAGAUCCAUGUGGCUACAAGAAUAAGACCCUCGUGACCCUACUGUAGGAGUGCUGUGCCAGAGGUCUGAAACCUGUUUUCAAUAAUUGGAGAUACUUUUGAGUAAUCAAAGCCAAACACCCAGUUCCAAAAAGGAAUUCCUUCUGCGUUACCACAUCCUGACGGGUCCAGUUGUUUCGUGGCUGUCACACAUGUUCCUUCUCCUCCACGCCGCUGCUGCCAGCGAGGGACUCAUCAGGAAGCUAAAAUACAUCUUGUAGCACAUAUGUUGCCAAAAAAAAUGGAACUUCCUGAGUGUUGUGCUGAGCAAAACCUGUGUCCCGCUGCUAAAUGUCAGCCUUGAGGAACAAGCCUUGCACGCUCUUCCUUUUUUGGUGAUUUGCUACCUCUGGCUCGUGCUUGCUGGGUUCAGUCCACUGAGACCCGCCGUGCUGUGAAGCUGGGAGCGCUCCAAAAGCACUAAACCUAAACUCACUAUUUGCUGCAAAUUAGUCAUUCAGCAACAAUUCUUCCAUUAGCCAGAGGUGUGUGGGGCACCCAGGAGUUGGAUUUCUCCGCUUUUCGUGUAGCGGAGGGAUAAAGUGGGAAAACAUUGCUAGAGGACAUAGACGCUUGGGUUGUUGCAACUGAGUUGGUGUGCAGGAUGACAUGGAAUUCAAGCUGUCACUGCAUCGCCUCGUGUUGGUGCAAAUGAGGCUGCUUCCUUUAGGAAGGUGUGGAUCGGUCUGGACAACCAUAAUGGUGGGAAGCAUCUUCACCUCUCUUAGUUCAGGUUGUAGGUGCAGUCGGGGAGAGGUGAAAGGGAAACUGCUUUUUGGGGGAGCUGCCAACAACAGGGAGUGCAGCGCAUCCUGGAUGUACAUGACAUUUGGAGACAGCACCAUCUCCGACUAGUUUCUUCUAAUAGCAGCAACUCAUGUCUCCUUGGCCAGACAAACAUAGAAAUAUUUUCUUGUGCUUCCAUCUCAUUUCCUUCCUUCCUGGUGGUGAUAACCACUUUAUCUUUUAGCUCACAGUUUGUGCUCACCCUGCUGUUGGCUGGGGUUUGGCUUGGCUCUGGGUGUGGGCUCAGCCUGGGUUGUGAAGCCUGAAUUCCCCCUGUGCCAGGACUCGCUGGUGGAUGGGCAUGUGGGGAUGAAGGUGAGCUUGUAGAGUCUCAAUCUGUGAUUGCACAUAUAGUCGCUGAAGUACCCCAGGCAGGAAGGUUGCAUCACUUGAUCGUGAAGGGAUCUCCUAGUCAGGGGUUUUGUGAAUCAAGAGCUUUCAAAUCCCCAGGACUUGACACUCCUCAGCCUGAAACUCACCCAACUGUUUGUCAUACUCAGUUACUAAAUCUCAAAGUGUUGAGUAGCUUGCUUUUUCCCUCAGUCAAACUAAUACCCGAGCAAGUAACUUCUUUAUUUGAAAUCUGCUGAGCAGAUAGGUUUCAGGCUUGAUAAGCUCUUCCGUUGCAUCUGAAUAACAUUUUAAAAUGGAGCAUUCCUUCACUACUGCUUGGCCAUCGUGGCUGGUUGGGGUUCACUGUGUGGCUCAGUGCAGCAUGGUCAGGCGUGUGGCUGCCUGCCUUCACCCUGCUGGGGACAAGAGAUUCCUUCUCGGAGGCAUUGAUAACACUUCUUCCUCAAUCAUCUUCUUCAGGGGUUGGAUUAGAUGACCUUUAAAGGUCCCUUCCAACCCAAACUAUUCUAUGAUUCUGUGAUUCUCUGUACAGACAUAUCUGGGAUAGUUGCUUUGCCUCAGAAAAUAAAUGGGAGGGCUGUGAGCAAGAAGGAGAUGGAUGUAAGCCAGAUCUGCCUCGCCUGCUUUUAUUGCAGUGCAGAUUCAUACCGAACGCAGUGGGGCUAUAACAGCGUUUGCAGGUCGGGUGCUCCACACCAUGGUGGGUUUACUCCCCGUGGUGGUCAGGUUCUGUCUCAUCCCAGCCUUCCCUGCAGAGGAGGCUGUGUCUUCCCAUACUGCUGGGCUUCCCCUUCCAGGAGAAGGUCUUUUGUUCUGGAGUAACGAGGCCACGGACAGGCAGCUUGGGGUUGCCUCCAGGGACCUGUGUGGUUUGAUUCUUGCUAGGAUUGUGUAUUUAGAAAGCAGCAUCUGCUCCCCCCACCCGUUAUUUUUCCACUUGGAAGAGAGUCCAAGCGGAGGAGAGGCUGAGUGAUUGCAUGGCAGGGGAGAGCAUCAGCAGAUGCAGAGCUGGUAUCUGCAGCGGGGUAGACUUGGCUUUUGUUCAGGUGAUUGUUUUUUUUUUGGGGGGGGGACAGUCACUGGGAGCAGUUUGAGGGCCAGCAUGCGCUUUCAUCUCCUCCGAGUUUAUUCAGAGGGCCCACCUCUUUGUGACUCUUGUGGAUACAACGGUGGCCCUCGCACGAGGACCUGGGGGACCUGCGCCCUCAUGAUGCUCCUGCAGCAGGGACUCACUGGCACAAGGUGUUCCCCAACAGUGGUGUUGCUGUAGGCAGCAGGAUGGCUCUGCAGAACAAAGCAUGUGUCCAUGUCCAGCCCUGCAGACGGGAGGUUUGCAGGAUUAGACCUUUAUGUUACAAAAGGCUGCUCUGUCAGCCUGUGCUUCCCUGCCCUGCUCGAGGUUUUGCUGCGUUGCUGUAAGAGGAGACUUCCAGCCCUGGGAGCUUGUUUUCAAGCUGCUGAUCAUGACUCCCCUCCCGGCUCAGGCUUCCCCGUGGCCCUUCCUUCCUCAGCCGGGUCUGGAGUUGGUGCUAAUCACCUCUGAGCACUAGUAACAAACAUGCGCUUCCCCAGCCUGGGGUCGCCGUCCCUCGCCAGAGGCGGCUGGUGCCGAUCGCAGGUGCUGCUCGCAGAAGAGCCAUUCGUUAGGACUUGGUAAUUUUGUCCUAAUGCUGAUGUAAGGUGGCUUUGAUUGAUCAAGUCCUAUGUAUAACCCAUUUGUUUUCUCUGUUGAAAUCAGCCCUUUUAAUACAGGGUAUGGAAACCUGAAGAUUAUCAAUGUGUUUUUUUUUCUUGGAGGGAGUUAUCCUAACUCACACAGGUGGCUGUCUUGAAAAACUGCUUUUGUUGUUUUGCCUGAGCCAAAAGCAUAAAGAGGGUUAAGCAUUGGGAGCUCCAAACGAUGAUUUCUUCAGUUAAGGAAUGGACGUUGUACAGUGGACUGCAAACCAACAAUAAUGUAUUUUAAAAUCAGUUUGGGGAGAAGAAACUAGACAGUGUUUUUGUGAACUAUCUUUGCAGCACUGAGGAAAAAUCACAAGAAUUGGAUUUUUUGGAAGCACAGAUAUGUAGUCAGUGUAUGAGUAUUUGAAGUUUUAUGGCUGUUAAAGUUGUUUUUUUUUUCCUCCUUUUUUUUUUUUCCUCCAACACUUCUGUAGCUUGCAUAUCAGGUUUUCACUGAGAUGGAUUACCAGUUUUAAAAAAUGUUGUUGUGCCAUAUUUUAUUUAUCGUUAUGCAUUAUAAACAUAUAAAUAUCUAUUUAGACUGAAUAUUGCAAUAAAAGAUGCUAUUAUUGUGAACUUCAGGGUUUAAACCCAAGACAAAAAAAAAUGGGAAAUACUUCUCCAGUCUAUUUGCUGUUUGCGAUCUUCUUUCUGAAGAGGUUUCUUAAGUUUUUAUAAUUUAAAAACAAUAUCAUGUCUCAAAAUUCAAAGUUUUACGAUGCUAACCCUGAAGUUCUCAAGUUUUUGAUCCUUUGGUUUUUUUCAAGGUACAUCUGGUUGAUUUUCUGGUGCAGUCACAUAAUUCUUUAGAAAGGUCUUGUUUCUGGAGUUAAUGAGGAAAAGGUGGAAUGGGUUGAUCCAUCCUGCUUGGCUUUUUUAACCUAUUAAUCUUUUAAGUGAUCAAUUUCAAAUUAAAAACCAACUUUUUAGGUCUCUGUUCUACUUAAACUUUUUAGGAGUGAGAGCCUGCCCUCGCUGAGUGGGACUUUGAUGGGGAAAGCAGUAGAUUAUGAGGUUGCUGUUGCUCAGGAAUUGAUUAGUAAACUUUUAACUACUAAUAAAAAUCCAUUUUUCAAUGGAUUUUUUAAAAAACCCAUUUUCUUAGAACAGUGAUAUGGGAUGUUUCCUAGUGAAUAGGAAUUAGUUUAUAUAAUUUAGCCUAUUAAACUGAAUUAUUUAAAAUUCAAACUUCCCCUAAUUUAUCUUUUUUUUUGUUGUGGUUUUUUUUUUUUUAUACUGUCAUUCCUUUCAUUCCUCCAUAGAAGUAGUGUGAAUUCUUCCGGUGUGUAUAUAUGUAUGUAUAAUAUAUAUAUUUCCACCCUGGCUUUCUAAUUCUCCAAAAUGUAAGAGUUAGUUUUUUCUCCCCUCCCUC